UUUUAUGAAAGGACAUGAUUAAAGUUUAAAGUGGGCUUUUUAGAAGCAAAUGUGUAACUCUAAAUCUAUUCAUCCGCUGAAUCGCUGAACAUCUUCUACCAUAGCUAAGGCCUGAGUUUGUGACAUUCACAGUAGCGAUGGCGUGAGUGCGCGACAUCUUCUACCUCCAGCUUCUCCGGAGUCCAGAAUCUCCACCAUUACAACUCGCUUCAAUCAGAUACAAGGCAGGAUAAGAUUUGGUGUUUUUUCAAAUUACAUGUGAUACAGAUGAAAGAUUAGCUCUAAAGGCUAAGAUCUGAAGGACAUAUUAUUCCUUCUUUUAUAUUCGUUUCAUCAAGCAUGUCUACAGAAGAUGCAUCCAUUCAACUAAAUCCACACACCUCGAGCAGUGUAGUUGUUGAAAGUGAUGAGCUACAAGAACAAAGUGAUCAAGUUGAAAGAAUAGAACCAAUUGUAGCUAGCCAAGAAACUUCACAAAAUGCUGAAGAAGAGGAGUUUCAAAUAAAGAAAAGGAAAAAGACUUCUGAUGUAUGGGAUGAUUUUGAAGUUGUCAUGGUAAAAAGGGUUAAGAAGGCGAUAUAUACUCAUUGUUCACGUCAUUUUGCAUUGAUUAAAAUGGGUACCACAACUAGCUACAAGAGGCACCUAAAGAAUUGAGUGCAGAGAAAAAUGAAACUCAAGGAAAUGGAGCAGCAAACCAAGUUGAAUUUUUCACCGUGCGAUGGAGGUGCACCAUCACUUCCUCCUUUACAUGCUGAAAAGUUCGACAUGGAACAAAUGAGGGAAUCAAUAGCACAUUGGACAAUGAUGCAUGAGCAUCCUUUUACCAUUGUAGAAGAAGAAGGAUUUAACUUGAUGAUGAAACGAGGAAUUCCUAAAAGGAAAAGAAUCAGUAGAAACACCCAUAAGGCAUAUUGCUUGAAGGUUUAUGAGCUUGAGAAGAAGAAGUUGAAAAAGAAUCUUGAAGGUAUUAGUAAGAUAAGCUUGACAACAGAUUGUUGGAAAUCAAAAACUCAAAAGAUUGAGUAUAUGGUUGUUACUGGACAUUGGAUUGAUUCUUCUUGGAAAAUACAAAAGAGACUCUUGAGCUUCAUCAACAUUCCACCACCAAGGGGAGGUCUUCAAAUUUAUGAUGCAUUAUUCAAGUGCAUGAAAGAGUGGGGAAUCGAGAACAAGGUUUUUACUAUCACGGUGGAUAAUGCUACAAGUAACGAUUCUGCAAUUCGUUAUAUGAAGAAUACAAUCCAAAUGUCAAGAAAGUUGGCUUGCGAUGGAAUCUUAUUCCAUGUACGCUGUUGUGCUCACAUUUUAAACUUGUGUGUUCAGGAUGGGCUGGAUGAGAUUCGUUAUAUUAUUAGUGAAGUCAAAGAGAGCGUUGAGUAUGUUAAUCGCUCAGAGGCGAGGCGGAUUCAGUUUGCUAAUUGUAUGCACCAAUUGCAAUUGAAAGAUAAGAAGUUGAUUUAUGAUAGCAAAACUAGAUGGAACUCAACUUUUGAAAUGCUAAGUUGCGCUCUCAGGUUUAAAGACGCUUUUAGGAUGUUAAGUGAUUGUGAUUCGGGGUAUACAAGCUGUCCUCUUGAAGAGGAUUGGGAAGCGACACAUAUAGUUUCAGGCAGUGAGUAUCCUACUUCCAAUUUAUUCUUGAAAGAAGUCCAAAAAAUCAAAUCAUAUUUGGAUGCCAAUUCAAGUCACAAGGAUUCUUUUAUUCGGGAAUUAGUUUGCAAAAUGAAGCUAAAGUUUGAUAAAUAUUGGGGCGAGUGCAACUUGUUGAUGGCAUAGCUGUGGUGUUAGACCCCACAAAGAAAAUGCUUGCAAUCGAGUUUUGUUUUCCUAAACUGUUUUCGAAGGAGGAAGCUGGACAAAAUAUUUCAAAAGUGAAGCAAACUCUAACUUCUCUUUAUGAAGAGUAUGCUGCUGAUUCCAUGAACAAAGUGAAUACUUCUUCAGUACAUUCUGAAAGAUGUGGUUCUUCAAGCAAUCUUCAGAGUACUAAAAGUUAUGCCCAUGUUUGGGAUGAAGACUUUGAAUCAUUUUGUGCAGAAAUCGAGACUAUAGAACCUAUAAGAUCUGAACUAGUAGAUUACCUGGAUAAGAGUCGCCUCAAGAAGAAUGAAAUUUCUGAAGAGUUUUCUUGUUAGGACUGGUGGCGUAUGAACCGGAUACAGUAUCCAAUACUCGCACAAAUGGCUAAAGAUAUUUUAGCCAUUCCAGUUACAAGUGUCGCUUCUGAAGCCACUUUUAGUGCAGGUACAAGGGUUAUUGAUUCUUACCGUGCAUCAUUGUUACCUGAAACGGGUCAAGCUCUGCUUUGUGGAGGAGAUUGGCUUCGUCAUAUGUAUGGAAUAACAAAAAAGAAAAAAGACAAGUCAUACGAAGAAAUAGUUCUUCCCGAGUCUACAUGAUGAAAGUAGGUUACCUUCAAUCUCUCUACAUUGUUUGAUGGUUAACUUGAAAUUCUCUUUUUAAAUAGAGUAUGUCGUUACAACUUGCUUGAAAUUUGUUAGGUUAGUUCUAGUUCUGACUUGCUUGAAACUAAAACUCUUUCUUUUCUUGCAUCUCUCUUCCUUACUGUCCAACCGAAAGAUAAUGCUCUUUGCAGGCUGGCCAUGGCUAUGUUGGGGGGAGGAUGUUGAGCCGAUGCUGUAUAAAUUUUUGCUUGUGGUAUAGUUAUCUACUCCUUCAGUUGUUUCAAAAAAUUGAGCCUAGUUGUAGACUAAAUUGGGUGUGUAGUCUUGGUUCCAAUAUUUGAUUGCCUUCUGUACGUAAAUAUCAGAGAAUGGACCUUUGUUGAUUUUGUCUAUCAAACAGGGAGCAGUUUCAUGCAAGCUUUGUUCUACAGAUGUCCUGUUUCCAUGAUUGUUACGUACUAUUAACAUUCUUAAAUCUUAAUGCUUGAUUUCAGUUAAGAUAAUAGUUUGAUCUGUUGUUCUUUUUAAAUUUUGCAGAUUAGUAAGUCUAACUUUUCUGUGGCAAGGGUGUUUGAUGUUAAUACAAUCUGGAUGACAAAAGGCAUGGAACUUGAAGUUGAAAAGCACAUUUGAAUGCCCAACGUUUUUGUUACUUAAUUAUGUUUUUGCUCAACGAACUAUAACUAGUAGUUAUUAUGUUUUUUGUAUUAGAGUUUAUUACAACUGUUCUGAUACUAGUUAUACUAUUUAAAACUCAUGUUUGAUAUUUUAAUGUACAUUAGUUUCUUGUUUUAACAUAAAAAAUUGGUUAUUUUAUUUGA